AUGCGAAGAGGAAUCACAACUGCGCAAAAGUGUUUUAAAACAGAAGAAGCCUUGCCCGCGAAAGUAUGCUCCGACCUUGUCAAUUCACUUGAGUUGGCUCAUUCGGCUGGAAUCUUGCAAUGCGAUUUGCGAAGGAGCAACUUUGUCCAAUUCACAGGUUCAUGGCAACUGAUUGACUAUAGUUUGUCAGCUGAAGUCGACUCUGAAGCUGAUUAUGAAUUGGAACCUGGAUCACAAGCCGAUUGUGCUGGUAAUCACAUAAAGACACUGCACGCACUGGAAUUACCAAUUCAGUGGACGAAAGUUGACGACUACCAAAUGCUGAUUGCCAACAUUUGCCCAGCACCAAGCUAA